AAAAGUUGUGACCUUGAUGAAUUCACAGCCUCCAUUUCCGUGUGAGCCAACAUGCCCUUGAAGAGUAGAAGAAGGCAAGAAGACGAUCUUUUCGCCUCCAUUGUUUUCAGUUCCGUCUGAAGAGUCUCUCACAGGGAAACCAAAACCAUAACUUUAGCUACUGAGCUCCUCCGUCUCUAUCAGAGAAAUGAUGCGUCCACAGCAAAUCAGCAAACUUUCAAGUUCAGCAAGAUCCUUUUUUCUUAGUGGAUCUAGAUCAAGUGCAGCUGAUGGGAGUUCUUCUUCUUACGAUGACCCUUGUGUCUCAAGACGCCAGCAGCAACUUAGGAACGAAGCUGCACAGGCUGGGAAACUACCGUCCAGUAUUAAUGUCCGUAAGCCUCUUGUGGUGGAAAGCAUAUUACCAGGAGAGGCAGCAGAUAACAAACCGGUUGUUCUAAAGAAGGUUGAUGGUUCUGGUCGGCCAUCUCUGUUACCACAGGAUGUUUGCUCUUCUUCUCCUGCUUUGCCUAGUAAAUCAAACUCGGUUACUUAUGCAUCAACAGAAGCUUCUUCUUCUUCAGUACCUAUUGGGGAUCAGAUUUUCAGAGCCGGUGUUGCAGCGGUUAGUAUUUUGUCUGAUUUAGCCAACUUUAAGCUUCCUUCAUCUGAUGGAGGGAGUGAAGUGUUUGGACUAGGGAAGAGCUGUAUGGUGGAUCCAGCUCGGCCUAUCACAAGCGUCAAGUCUUCUAAUGUGAAGGUUAUAAGAAGAGAGGAGUUAGCCAAAGCUUACCCUAGACCAGCUGCAAAGGAGUCUUCAGUUGGUAAGACAAGAAAUCACAGUAGCAACUUCCGAGGAGGGGCUGCUAAGGAAUCAGGAUUUGUUAGAGGAUUCAAACAAGUCUCAGUGCAGAAACGGUAUCAUCACGCAUCUGGCAAGAGGACAAGCAUGUUGCAAAGACACAACAACAUUGAUUCAAACAGGUUUGUGCCAAACGAAAUGAUGAAAGUAGCUUCAGGGUCUGCUCUGACAUCAUCAAGGCAGUAUUGUAAUACGGGACAAGCUCUGACAUCAUCAAGGCAGUAUUGUAAUGUCAAAGAGGUGGAAAACGUUUCCAGCAUUUUGAAAACAUUCAGGUGGGGCCCUGCUGCUGAAGAGGCCCUUGAGAAUCUCCGGCUAACGAUGGGUCCAUACCAAGCAAACCAAGUUCUCAAGAAGAUGAAUGACUAUGGAAACGCUCUUGGUUUCUUCUACUGGCUUAAAAGGCAACCUAAGUUUAAGCAUGAUGAGCACACUUACACCACUAUGGUUGGCAACCUCGGCCGUGCUAAACAGUUUUGCGCGAUAAACACGCUUCUAGAUGAGAUGGUUAGAGAUGGAUGUCGGCCAAAUACGGUCACGUAUAACAGACUUAUCCACAGCUAUGGCCGUGCUAAUUAUCUUAAUGAAGCUAUGGAUGUGUUCAAUCAAAUGCAAGCGGCUGGAUGCAGACCUGACCGUGUAACGUACUGUACUCUUAUUGACAUUCAUGCCAAGGCUGGGUUUCUCGAUAUUGCCAUGGAUAUGCACCAGAGAAUGGAAGCAGCAGGUAUUUCAACUGACACUUUCACUUACAGUGUCAUCAUAAACUGUCUUGGGAAAGCUGGACAUUUACCCGCUGCGCACAAGCUCUUUUGUGAGAUGGUUGAUCAGGGCUGUACACCUAACUUGGUGACCUACAACAUCAUGAUAGACUUGCAUGCCAAAGCGAGAAACUACCAGAGCGCGUUGAGGCUUUACCGUGACAUGCAAAACGCUGGGUUUAAGCCUGACAAAGUGACGUAUAGCAUUGUGAUGGAGGUGCUUGGACACUGUGGGUAUCUAGAGGAAGCAGAGGCUGUUUUCACUGAGAUGCAGCAGCAUAAUUGGAUUCCUGACGAGCCGGUUUAUGGUCUUUUGGUUGAUUUGUGGGGGAAAGCUGGUAAUGUGGAAAAGGCGUGGUACUGGUACCAAGCAAUGCUUCAUGCUGGUUUGCUACCUAAUGUUCCUACUUGCAAUUCUCUUCUUAGUACCUUCCUUAGGGUUAACAAGAUAGCGGAAGCGUAUGAGUUGUUACAGAACAUGCUUGCCCUUGGUCUACGCCCUUCUUUGCAGACAUACACGUUACUCUUGAGUUGUUGCACAGAUGGUCGGUCAAAACUUGAUAUGGGUUACUGUGGUCAGCUAAUGGCAAGCACGGGUCAUCCAGCACACAUGUUUCUCCUCAAGAUGCCAUCUGCAGGCCCUGAUGGGCAAAACGUGCGUGAUCAUGUGAACAACUUCUUGGAUCUGAUGCACAGCGAAGACAGAGAGAGCAAGCGAGGACUGGUGGACGCGGUGGUUGACUUUCUACACAAGUCAGGGCAGAAAGAAGAGGCGGGGUCUGUUUGGGAAGUUGCAGCACAGAAGAACGUUUUCCCUGAUGCGUUAAGGGAGAAAAGCAGCAGCUACUGGCUUAUCAAUCUCCAUGUAAUGUCAGAAGGAACUGCAGUAACCGCUUUGUCUAGGACGCUUGGUUGGUUCCGUAAGCAGAUGCUAGUCUCCGGAACCUGUCCUUCUCGGAUUGAUAUAGUAACUGGCUGGGGAAGACGUAGCAGAGUGACCGGUACAUCAAUGGUGAGACAAGCAGUUGAAGAGCUGCUCAACAUGUUUGGUUCACCGUUUUUCACGGAGAGUGGAAACUCAGGUUGUUUCGUUGGGUGUGGUGAGCCUCUGAACAGGUGGUUGCUGCAGUCUUAUGUUGAGAGGAUGCAUUUGAUGUGAGUGUUGUUUGUUUCUCAUUUUUAGGGUUUUAUCUUUCUCUUUUGUCCGAUUGCAUUUUAUUUAUUGUUUAGCUUUGUAAGUCAUAAGUUAAGGUUAGGGAUAAUACUUAUCUCUCUCCAGUCAUUUGUAUCUUCCUCUUGCAAUAAUAUAUCUGAGUUUAAAUGUGUUUUAACGAA